CUGGGAGGUAUAAAAAUGGUGGUUUGAGAAAAAAAGAGAGUAAUUUCGUAUUUCCUUUCAUCGUUUCACAAGGCGGAGACGAAGAAGCUCGAAGUGCCUUUCUCUCUCUGUAAAUUAAUUUUCGUGGUGAGCAUCUGGUGCAUUUUUGUAGCUGUUGAAGGAGAAAGCGUCGGAGCUCGAUUUUGUUCAGAGAAUCGUGGAAUUGUUUUUGUACUCUGAUUGGAUUUCUGAUACGAAUUUUUUGACUCCAGAGGUAGUGCUGGAGAUAUAGGAUUAUUAUCCUGGUUCAGAAGAUCUGAAUUGGAAGCUGUGAUUUAUUGUUCUUUCAUCGUCAAUCGGGACGUGCGUGGCGGAAUUACUGUGUUUAGACAUAUAUUUUCAGCAAAUAUGAUUCUCUGUUCACCGCUUCUGAGACGAUGAUAUGAAUGCUUUGCUUCGAAAUCCAGAUUUCGUUAGAUUUGGAUGGUUCUGUUCUGUUAGCUGAUUUAUCUAAUUUCUGGAAGCAGAAGGAAAAUCUGGAUUGUAUGAGGAAGAACAGAGUACAGUGAACAGAAUUGAAGUUCGCCGGUGCACGAAGCAGCGAGAUGGAGAGGAAGAAUUCCCACGCGACCAAUAGAGAUGAAUUGCAGUACAGAUCAUUGUCCAGGUCAGCUGCUACGACGUCGUCGGACUUCGUUUUACAGUGGGGGAACCGGAAAAGGUUACGCUGUAUGAAGGUCCACGUUAAGGGCGCUACUACUAACGACCCGGCCGGUUCGGAUCCGUCAAAGCGGGUGAACCGGCGGGUAGUUAGGUCGGAUCUUCUCAAUAAUAACAAUAACAGCACUACAAAGAAUCCGAUCCCAAAUCCACCCACCUUUACCAAUGGCAAUCUGAACCUCCGCCACCGCCCCACCUCUCCGCCUCAUCGAAUUCUCAGAAAUUCAGAGAGAGAAAUUGGUAUGCGAGGGAAUAGCAAUGGUGUGAAGGGGUUGGCCUCUCCGGAUAGAGGUGAAAGAAAAGGUGCAUCUACUAGCAAUAAUGGUCAUAACCACCGCCACCACCAUAAUAACAAGGCCAAUAAUAGCAAUCACAAUCAUGAAAACAACCACCAUAGCGGCGGCGGCGGUGGUGGUUCUGGGUCAUCGGAGAACGCCCAUGAUAUAAAAAAGGGUGACGGGGAUGCUGCGGUGUGGCCCAAGUUUGUGAUCGGCUUGACCAACAAGGAGAAGGAGGAGGAUUUCAUGGCGCUUAAAGGAUCCAAGCUUCCUCAACGGCCUAAGAAGCGAGCUAAAUUGAUUCAGCGCACACUCAAUCUUGUGAGUCCGGGUACGUGGCUAUGCGAUUUGACCUUCGAACGAUAUGAGGUCCGUGAGAAGAAGGUUUCCAAGAAGAGACCAAGAGGGUUAAGAGCUAUGGGAAACAUGAUCGAAUCAGACUCCGAGUAGGAGUGUUAGGAAAUAGGAACAACGCAUGGACAGUGUAUGUAGAUUAGUUUAAAUUAAAUUGAAGAAAAAGAACUAGUAAAAAAAUCAAUGCAAGUUGUGAAAUAAUUUCUUGUUUA